GCUAGUCGAUGCCUGUGCCGCGCGCGGUGCCCGGAACCCCGCAUCUCGCCUCGUCUCUGGGUAGCCACCCUCGUGAUCUGGAGCUUCCUCUUCUUCCUCUUCUUCUUCUUCUUCUUGUUUGACAGCGACUGAUGGUUACUGUGUGCACGCCUGCUGCAUGGAUUCAAACCCACGGUUCUGAUGUGAGAGAGGGCAAGAUUCCACAGCCGAGCCGCCUCCUCGAACCCUGACCCCGCACAACUGUCGACAGUCACCGUUUCCACGUGUCGCCGAAGAGCUGUCAGAAGAACCAUGCCCUGCGUCCAGGCUCAGUAUGGAUCAUCGCCUCAAGGAGCCAGCCCUGCGUCCCAGAGCUACACCUACCACCCCGCAGGAGAGUACAGCUGCGACUUCCUGACCCCCGAGUUCGUUAAGUUUAGCAUGGACUUGACCAACACCGAGAUCACAGCCACCACCUCUCUCCCCAGCUUCAGCACCUUCAUGGACAACUACACCAACACCAGCUACGACGUCAAGCCGCCCUGCCUCUACCAGAUGCCCCACUCCGGAGAGCAGUCCUCCAUCAAGGUGGAGGACGUGCCAAUGCACAGCUAUCAUCAGCAGGGCCACCUGCCGCCCCAGUCGGAAGAGAUGAUGGCCCACUCCGGGCCCGUGUACUUCAAACCCUCCUCUCCUCACGCGCCGAGCACCCCGAACUUCCAGGUCCAGCCCAACCACAUGUGGGAGGACCCGGGCUCGCUCCACAGCUUCCACCACAACUAUGUGGCGGCGACCUCCCACAUGAUAGACCAGCGCAAGAACCCGGUGUCGAGGCUGUCCCUGUUCUCCUUCAAGCAGUCCCCGCCCGGCACCCCCGUGUCCAGCUGCCAGAUGCGGUUCGACGGCCCGCUGCACGUGUCCAUGAACCACGACAGCCCGGGCGCGGCGCACCGCGGCCUGGACGGCCAGAGCUUCGCGGUGCCCGGCGCCAUCAGGAAGCAGGCCGGCCUGGCCUUCCCGCACUCGCUGCAGCUGGGCCACGGCCACCAGCUGAUGGACGGCCAGGUCCCGUCGCCCCCGUCCCGCGGAUCCCCGUCCAACGAGGGCCUGUGCGCGGUGUGUGGGGACAACGCCGCCUGCCAGCACUACGGGGUUCGGACCUGCGAGGGCUGCAAAGGAUUUUUCAAGCGCACCGUUCAGAAAAACGCCAAGUACGUGUGUUUAGCCAACAAAAACUGUCCCGUCGACAAACGCCGGAGAAACCGCUGCCAGUACUGCCGCUUCCAGAAGUGCCUCGUGGUCGGGAUGGUGAAGGAAGUCGUCCGGACGGCUAAUCUGAAGGGUCGGAGAGGCCGCCUACCGUCCAAACCCAAAAGCCCGCAGGAGCCGUCUCCACCCUCGCCGCCCGUGAGCCUCAUAAGCGCGCUGGUCCGGGCGCACGUGGACUCCAACCCCUCCAUGUCCGCCUUGGACUAUUCCCGGUUCCAGGCGAACCCGGACUACCAGAUGGGUGGCGACGACGUGCAGCACAUCCAGCAGUUCUACGACCUGCUGACGGGCUCCAUGGAGAUCAUCCGGGGCUGGGCCGAGAAGAUCCCCGGCUUCGCUGAGCUGCAGAAACCGGACCAGGAGCUUCUCUUCGAGUCCGCCUUCCUGGAGCUUUUCGUCCUGCGCCUGGCUUACAGGUCCAACCCCGUGGAGGGCAAACUGAUCUUUUGUAACGGAGUGGUGCUGCACAGGCUGCAGUGCGUCCGCGGCUUCGGGGAGUGGGUCGACGCCAUUGUGGAGUUCUCCUCCAACCUGCAGAGCUUGAAUAUAGACAUCUCAGCCUUCUCCUGCAUCGCUGCUCUGGCCAUGGUGACAGAGCGACACGGGCUCAAGGAGCCCAAGAGGAUCGAGGACCUCCAAACCAAGAUCGUCAACUGCCUGAAGGACCAGGUGACGUUUAACGGCGGCGGGCUGCACCGCCCCAACUACCUGUCCAAGCUGCUGGGCAAGCUGCCCGAGCUGCGCACGCUGUGCACGCAGGGCCUGCAGCGCAUCUUCUACCUGAAGCUCGAGGACCUCGUGCCGCCGCCCGCCAUCAUCGACAAACUCUUCCUCGACACGCUGCCCUUCUGAGCGCGCGGCGGCGCGGCCGCGGCGGCACGCGGCGCGGCGCGGGACAGCCUCGCGGCGCGGGACAAGCUCGCGGGACGUUUUCUUCCAGAGAGAGACUGUGUCCGGGUCAGCGGCGCGGGGAGGUCUAGAUUGCGCACCUGCCCGCUCCGCGUGGGCCGUUCUAGAACACCACCAGCCUCGCGCCAGUAAGGAUCCGCGGGGAUUAAAACAACAAAAGAAAGAGGAAGCAAGAAGCGGGUCUCAUCCGGGGUUUUUUACGUUAAAGUUCUUUGAAAUGAUUGGCGUGAGA